CUGUUUUGCCUAUUCGUGGCCUGUGACGUCAGAGGGAGGAGCGCGGAGGGAGCUACGGAAAGUGAGAGGGUCCAGGCCCCACUGUCGUUCUGGAGGCGGAGAAGGAGCAAGAUGGUUUAUAUCUCGAAUGGACAAGUGUUGGACAGCAGGAGUCAGUCCCCAUGGAGAUUGUCUUUUAUAACGGAUUUCUUCUGGGGAAUAGCUGAGUUUGUGGUUUUGUUUUUCAGAACUCUGUUUCAGCAAGAUGUGAAAAAGAGAAGAGGCUACGGAAGCUCAUCUGAUUCCAGAUAUGACGAUGGAAGAGGGCCACCAGGAAACCCCCCCAGAAGAAUGGGUCAAAUUAAUCAUCUGCGUGGCCCUAAUCCUCCUCCAAUGGCCGGUGGAUGAGGACGGUAAAUGUCUGCUCUAAGAAGCAGACAACUGGACAAGCACAUUCAUAGCAGAAGGAAACCAUCAAGAAAUGGAGUGUUGACCACACUGGACAAGUUAGAUGAAUGUGUACUCUAAACAAGGAUUGCUCUGUGUCCUCACAGAUGAAUGAGGUCGUGCUGGGAAUUCCCCCCUCAGGGAUCUGGCAUGACUGACAGGCAGUUCUAUAAAUGCACAUGUUUGUCUCAUCUUUUUUGUAUCGUUUAUGAAAGUAUUAAUAUAGUUUUAAUAAGUAAAUAUUUUUAGGUUACAAGACUGACUUCUCAUCUUUAUAUAAUUAAAACACAGCUCCAAAUUUGAAGAAAAAUAAAUGGCUGCAUAUUGAGUACUAUUAGUGUCACCUUUUUCAACUUCUGAAAUACUGUUCAUUGCUUUUGUUGUUCUUUAUAAAUAAAUCACAGUGUAUUUCAGUAGUAUGCA